AUGCAGUAUGUAAGACUUGCAUCGAAGUAUUUGGUAUUAAUUCCGGCACUCCUUUUUCUACUGCUUCUUGAAAUAUUUCAAUUAAAGUCUUACGUUGGCAAAAUAGUAGACCUCUCCAAUUGGAAUGAGAAUGUAAAUUUCAAGAUAGCAAAAGAAGACGGAAUAUUAGGUGUAAUACAUAAGGCAACACAAGGGUUGAAAUAUGUAGAUCCAAAGUAUGCAGAGAGAAGAAAAGAAGCUGAAGAUUUGGGACUUUUAUGGGGAGCAUAUCAUUUUGGUGUUGGAGAAAGUGGAGGAAAGGAUCAGGCUAAUCAUUUUUUAAAAACAGUUGGUGAAACUAAAAAUACUAUUCUUGUUCUUGAUAUUGAAGAGAAUCAAAAUGGAAAAAAUAUAGAACCAAGAGAAGCAGAGGAUUUUGUUGAAGAAGUCUUAAGAAUGACAGGACGCCUUCCGUUAAUUUAUGGCAGUAGAUAUUUUUUAGAAGGUUUUUCAACACCAACUUUAACGAAAUGUCCAUUAUGGAUUGCAAAAUGGGGAGAAGAACCAAUUUUACCAAAAGGAUGGAGUGACUGGAUUUUAUGGCAAUAUACAGAUGGAAAAACAGCUCAUGAAGUAAAGGGAAUAGGGAAAUGUGAUCGAGAUAAAUUUAACGGGACAUUGAAAGAGUUGAAAAAAUUUUGGUUAUCAGGAGGAGUAUGCUGCUGA